AUGAUGGGUGACAUUUUUGCUUGUAUAGAACCAGAGUUGAUUGGAUUUAUUCAAUAUCAUGAAAGAAUGGAUAGCACUUAUUCAAUGGCUGUGUUAGUAAGACUGGGCCGUCAUGUUAUGUCUGCUAAUGAUACCGGCUCCUUUUUAAGUAUGACUUAUGGGUCUGCAUUAGUUCAUGUAAAAAGAAAUUAUGAUAAACUCAUGCACGCUCACUUAAAAUCAAUUCAAGAAGUAAGAAUUAUCAAAAAGUCUAAAUGUGGCAUACUUCCUUUUGUUGCCAACUUUGAGUAUUUUGCCAAGACAGCUGAACAAAUAUUUAAAGAAACAGAGCGUCGAACUGAUUUAGAUAAAUGGUAUCUUAAACUCUUAACUGUAAUGUUUGAAACUAUUCAUUCAAUUGCCAGUGAACACCCUAAGACUCCCUCCGAAGUUAUCAGAAUGGUAGUAGGAGAGUAUCAUGGACGAGGGGUGAAAAAAGGCUUAGAUCAUUUAUAUAAAAAAGUAGAAAAACACCUUAGUGAAGAAGAAAAUUUACUACAAGUGGUUUGGAGAGCUAUGCAAGAAGAAUUCAUUCAACAAUAUAAAUAUAUUGAGGACUUAAUUCAAAGGUGCUAUCCUGGUUCCAUGAUUUCAUGA